AAUAAGUUUAAAAAGACCGCAUAAUGUCAAAAAGACAUCAGAUGUUAUUAUGGACUUUUUUUAGAAUCAUACUCCUGUAAUUUGUACUCCCUCCGUUCCAGAAAACUUUUCUUCUUUCUUUUUGUACUCGUCCUAAAAAACACUUCUUUUUUCUAUUAAAAGAGAUACUCAAACGGCUGGACGGCCGCUCCAUGGCUGUCGCAGCCUGCGUCUGCAGGCUGUGGUGCGCCAUCUCCCGCAACGACUCGUUGUGGGAGAACUUGUGCUUCCGCCGCCUGUCUCCGCCGCCCGACGGCGUCAGGGCGGUGGUCACGGCGCUCGGCGGCUACCGCCGCCUCUACAUGGUCUGCGUCCGGCCGGUGCUGAGCCGGCUCGGGCGGCGGCAGCGGCGGGCGUGGACGACCCGCAAUGAGGUUGAGCUUUCUCUGUCGCUGUUCUGCGUGGACUACUACGAGCGGGUACUGUUGCUCGGCGAGAACGACGGUGGCUCGCCGGCGGCGCCGUCGUCGUCGCUCACUUUCCUCUGCAAAGAGGUCAACGUUUGAUUUUGUCGUCGUUGUGUUCGAAAUUCUAAACGACGUCGUCCGUCAUGAAUAACCGGCGACGGUAUUUCUUAUUCACGCCGUCCGAUAAUGUUUCGAGUAUCAUAUCUUAUUUUGUAGCAAUUCUUUAAAUUUCAGAUUGUAUAAUGAUUGUACUAAAAAAAUUAAAAUUAUAUCGAUCAAAUUUAGGAUGAAUUCAUUUCCUCAUGCCAAUUAUAUGGAUCAUAAAAUUUUACAUUAGGA